UCAAAAAUAUGUAGGUACCAUGUACACUGCCUAUUCGCAAUUUCCGACUUAUUAAACAGACUAAAACCAUUCACUUUUUCUAGGUGCCUGUUCAAAUACCAGGAUUAUGUCACCAAUAUUAGACCCUGAUUCACUAUCUGAAACAUCUUCGAUAGUGCCAAUUGCGAAGGAAAUUAAAAUAAGUACCUAAUAUAGAUAUACUACGUGAUUACGCAAUGAUUCGGGAUUCUGAAUCUGAAACUGAUGUCGAUAUGCAGACAAGUUCGCAAAAUGAGAGCAACGUAAAUAUAAUCUCUAAUAUAAAGAUUUCAGGAUUAUCAAUAUUUCUAAAUUUAGGCGAAGUUUCUGACAAUGAAGUAGUCUCCAUAUCAGAUUUAAAUUCAAUCGACCCUGUGCGCCUUGACCAGGGGACAGAGGAUUAUCCGGAAUUAUUAAACAAAGAGAAGAAACCAAGAAAAAAGCGAAGAAGGGCAUGUCGCAACUUAACUUUAACCCAAAACCUCGAUUCCGAAACUGAUACACAAGAUUUUUCUCCCAGUGAUGGCUCAGAUUUUGCCCCGGAUUCAGCCAGUCGAUUUAGUGAUGACUCAAUGCAAUUUACUAUUACUUAGCAAUAUGCAUUUGUAUGAGAACAAGUCCUCGAACUGCUGCAUGACACUUGCAGUCGAGGGUACCUUGCAAAUGCAUACUGUUGAGUGACACCGUCUGCCGUUCCCGCCUGCCGCUGCCAUUGCUGUCUUAUGUGUUUAAACGUGUUAUGCUUAAGUCCAUGUAACUACCACUAUCCACCGCCCUACUCGGCUGUCAAUGUUGGUAUAAUUAAGACCUCAGAUUACGACAAAGUUUUUUUCUUGCAUGUCACUCGGAAUGCGUUAGCAGUGGACUAAAGCAAAACACUUCAACAUCUACAAUGGUAACGAUAUGGCGGUUAAAAACACUAUUUUUACAUUUUUCUGUGAAAAGGGUGUCUUAUUCAUCUACAUAGUGAAAUAAUAAAAAGCACUUUUAAAAUUGUGUCGCUAACUUCAAACUCGGGUAAAUCCAUUCUGCUUUAAGGUUGAUUAUGUAUAAAAAUAUUUAUAUAGGUACCUAAUCUGAAAAAGAAUCAACCUUAUUAUAGCAGAAUGGAUUUACCAAAGUUUG